GAAAAACCGUCUCGCUGUGGUGUUUUUUGUAUUUCCCAGAUUAAUAACCAGACUGAACAUAUUUUCAUAUUUAUUAGCCAUAGCACUUCCUCCUCCACACUGGCAUUUCUUACCUUUCUUUUUCAAUAAUCUAUUAAUCACGAAAAUCUCCUGUCAUCUACACUUCUUCACAAAAGUCACAUUGUUUUUGAUCUUUAUAGAUUAUUUUACAUUUGCCAUAUUUAUACAUAAUAUCUUCCCUUUUGGGGCAUUUAGAGUGUGCUGACAAAGUCUAGGCAGCAAUGCAUUUAUAAAACACCUAUGAGUUGGGUGCACACGGGGUAAUUUUCCACAUAUGGCUGAUCCCGUCCUCAUCAGAUUAAGGUUCCCUGUCUUGUCAUUUCUGAAGAUGUAUCCUAUUAGAAGCCUGGCCCUUUAUUCUUACACAUUACACUUCCACUACUGUAGGGGGACAUCUGAAUGGACUCAUCUUACUAUUCCAUGCAUAGUACCAAGCACGUUGCGUGCUUUUAAUACAUUUUGUAUAAUAUUUACCUCUGUGUUUGACGUCCUGAAAAAUACCGUCCACAAUUACUUCACAGGUAGCCCCAACACUUGGUGCCCAGCGCGUUUUCCUAGUUCCUCCCUGCCACUUCACGUUGGGAAUGGGACAAGAGGCACUGUGGGUCUCUUACCUAAAGUUACGAAGCAACGGGCUCCCUUAUUACUUCGUUUCCCAAAUAGGGGGUGGGAUACACAACCGAGGGAGUACGGGCAAAACAACUUUCAGGUCUUUGGCCACUUGCGUCUUACUGUGGGCGAGCCUUUCCAGUCCAAUUACAUUUUCUUUACCAUAUUGCAUAAAUAGCAGAACUACAUUUACUACAAAGGCCAGACAUUCAUGGUCAUGGAUCCUUGUGCAUGUUAUUCUAAGAGCAAAUUGUAAAAACACACAAACUCUGAAACACUGACGCAAAAGCGAAAACACACGCACGUGUUUGUGUCUUCUCCCGCGACCCAAGUUCUUUGAAACUGAGCGGAGAAAAAUCGUCUUCGCAUCGCGUCUCACACUUUCGACACAAUCUUAUCGGGAACUAGAACACCUAAACAAAAAUUUUUUAAAUACAUUUUUCAAAAAUGAUGACAAUUCCUUUCGUCUUAUGUUCCUUUUUGUCUCUAAGCUUUGGAGAGAUUUAUUUUGCGUUUCCAAACUGCUUCUGCCUGUCGGCGCCUGUGUGGAAACUGCGACGAGUCUGGAAGUAGCUGCCGGAGAGGCGGGGCGGAGGUGUGACGUCAUCGCCGCGGGGCGGAGGCGACAGUGUCUAGCCGGGGCUCCGCGUGUAGCUACGCCGACAGAACUGGCUUUGAGACAGCGUGAUUCUCCGCAGCUGGCCGCCUCCCCGUGGUGUUCAGCCCACGUCGAGUCCUGAGCUGAGAUGGCAGACGAUCUCGGAGACGAGUGGUGGGAGAACCAGCCAACUGGAGCAGACAGCAGCUCAGGUAAGUCAUCUGAUUGGAGCCACAUUUCAUUUGAUGGAAUUUUCCAUUUGAAGCAUCAGAUGGUGAAGGAGGAGGAGACACAGAAGUGAUGCAGCAGGAGACAGUUCCAGUUCCUGUACCCUCAGAGGAAACCAAACAGCCUAAAGAAUGUUUUUUGAUACAACCAAAGGAAAGAAAAGAGAAUACCACCAAGACCAGGAAGAGGAGAAAGAAGAAAAUUACUGAUGUUCUUGCAAAAUCAGAACCAAAACCAGGGUUACCUGAAGACCUACAGAAGCUGAUGAAGGACUAUUAUAGCAGCAGACGCUCGGUGAUUGAAUUAGAAGAACUGAACCUGCCAGACUCCUGUUUCCUCAAGGCCAAUGAUUUGACUCACAGUCUUUCCUCAUACCUAAAAGAAAUCUGUCCUAAGUGGGUAAAACUUAGGAAAAACCACAGUGAGAAGAAAUCGGUCCUGAUGCUGAUCGUCUGCAGCUCAGCCAUCCGAGCCCUGGAGCUCAUUAGGUCGAUGACAGCAUUCAGAGGAGACAGCAAAGUUAUAAAAUUAUUUGCAAAGCACAUAAAGGUCCAGGAGCAGGUAAAGCUGCUGGAGAAGCGUGUGGUGCACCUGGGUGUAGGAACUCCAGGGAGAAUUAAAGAACUUGUUAAACAAGGUGGCUUUAAUUUGAACCCCUUAAAAUUUCUGGUUUUUGACUGGAACUGGAGAGAUCAGAAGUUGAGGAGAAUGAUGGACAUUCCCGAGAUAAGAAAGGAGGUAUUCGAACUUCUGGAAAUGGGAGUGCUCAGUCUGUGCAAGUCAGAAUCUUUAAAACUGGGCCUUUUCUAAGUCUGUGUCUUAAUGAAGAUUCCAGCCUUCACAGUAGAAGUUGCAUCUUAUUUAAUGACUCUGAUACAUUGCAAGCACUCAGUAAAUAUCAGCAAAUAGUUUAUGUUAACUGUGUCAGCAGAUAGAUCGCUGGAAUGUGGGGAUUCUGAAACAGGAAUGAAUCUGUCCUUUUGACAACUCUCUUAUAUAAUAAAGUAUCACCGGCUUGUGUGUGA